AUGUUGAUAAUUCGUGUAUUAAGUAACAUUGGCAUAAGCCGCAUUGCCUUUGAUGAUGGCGCCACUUUGGGGGACCUCAAGGAGGAGAUUCGGAAGCGUAUACAAAUUCCAGAAGGUGUAACUCUAAAAUUUGUAGUUGGAGAUUCUAACGAUGAGAUAUGCGGGAGCGAUGUUGACCCGCUUACGAGCGUCGGCGUUGAGCAUGGUUCCUGUCUACGGCUGAUUAUCGUCCAAUCCGACCCAGAUAAAAUACAAGAUCUGAGUUAUGUCUCCAUGUGUAAGCCCGAUCCAGACCAAGUGGAGUCAGAGCCUUCUCCUGCGGGAUCUAUGCCUACUACUUCGCGUGGCAGCGCUGAUGAACCACAAAAUACUGGUUCCCAACCUAAUUUCAAGUCUUUCGAUGCCUACCUACGUGACAAUGGAUAUCCUGUAUCGGAUUUGGCGUUGAAGCAAUCCUACAAGCCUGUGCUUAUAGAACGUGGUAAAAUGAACAAGUUACCGUCCGGUGUGACUGUAAAACACCAACCGUAUCGACAUGUUGAUCACAUAGAACUGAUGAAUGUUAAAGACAUUCACAGUUUUGCAAACUAUUGGAUGAUCGAUCUUGAGAUGGCCGAACAGCGUGCGGGAUGGCUGUAUGGUUACUAUGUCGAGGAUCCUCACUACCCACUUGGCAUCCGCGCUGUUUGCGAAGGCAUAUAUGAACCGCCACAGAAGUCUUCGUUAUGUGAAGUGGAGUUCUUGCAGGAUGACUUCCUCCCAGUCGUUGAUCUCAUUGCUGAUCGGUUUGGGCUUGAGCGCAUUGGGCACAUCAUAACGCAUUUGCCUAGGGAGAAUUACCUGUCGCCACAGGACGUGAUUGACAGCGCAAAAGUGCAAUUGGAACGUGUUUACGACACUCACUACACGGGAUAUCCCGUGUCAACACACGUUACUUGUACGCUGCAUCCGGAUUCGGAGGGUAAACCGGCACUGAAUGCCUUUAUGGUAUCUGACACGGCCAUGGCGUUGUUACGUGAUGGUAUCAUAUCGGAAGUGCAGAGUGACCCUAUGUUUUUGCGUAUCCGUGAGCCUAAACAGAAGAAUGAAAUUCUCCCGCAAAUUAUUGAGUCUGGGAAGGAGGUAACGAAGUUUGACCCAAGUUGGUUUGUCAUACGUGUCAAUGACUCUGCACCAAUAACUCCCAACUCAAUUUUCAAGUACGCAGAAUUUCCACGGGAAAAUCGAUGCACUCAACCGGUUACGACAGAUGCCGUGAAGAGUUUCUUAUCUAGCAGGCUUGCUGAGGGUUUUGAAUCUUCUGAUCCCAAGAUUUUUAGCGAUUUCCAUUUGUUGCUUUACUUAGCCAAGAUAUUGGACGUCGACACCGCUCUUGCUAUUUGCGAUGCAGUGAUUGGCAAGGCACCACUUGACCCUAUCAUGGUUGAGCUUCUUAUGGCAAAUUAG